UCAGGUGUUUUCCAGGUCAAUUCAAGCGAGUCUUUUUGAUUUUCUCGCCGGCGUUUUUCUUUCCUUUCGCGCGAUUUUAAAGUUUAUCUCUACCAUUGAAAACCGUUUAGUUUUACAAGAAAAUUCGAAAUUGUAAAAGAGGGAGCCUGGGGAAACCGUGUUUUGGAAAGACAUUGAAAGUUUGCGGACGGUAAACGGAGAUGAAUCGAACUUGAAGUUAGAAGACGACUUGAUUACAGAAAGAUCACUCCAAACGAGAAUAAAAGACAGCCAUGAGUGAAAGCGAAAAGCAGACAGAACCCAAACCUGAUCCCUACGAGGGGGAGGGUGAGGCAAAAUCCAGCAAGUCAGGAAAAAAGGCAUUCCCCAAGAGAUACAUCGUAGCCAUCAUGGUGUUCCUUGGUAUCUGCGUACAGUAUGCUUUAAGGGUUAAUCUUAGUGUGGCGAUUGGUGCUAUGUGUAACCCUCACACUGUAGAGGAAAAUGGUUUCACUAUUACUAAGAAAGCAGAAUUUGACUGGAGCUCCCAGCUACAAGGUACCAUUCUUGGUGCAUUCUAUUACGGCUACAUGACAAUGCAGAUCCCCGGUGGAUGGCUUGGUCAAAGGUUCGGGGGUACCCGGGUAUUUGGUAUCUGUCUUGGGAUUGCUUCUAUUCUCACCAUGUUGACUCCAAUAGCUGCUCGAACGAGUGUUGUCGCUCUCAUAAUACUACGAGUUAUCGAGGGUUUAACUUUGGGAGCUCUUUUUCCAUGUAACCACGCCAUCUGGAGUAAAUGGGCGCCUCCUCAGGAGAGGACUAGACUCUUUACUAUUACUGUCGCUGGGUGCCCAGUCGGUACUAUCUUGUCCAUGCCUCUCAGUGGAUUGAUGUCAAAAUACGGCUUUGAUGGUGGAUGGGCGUCUGUGUUCUAUUGCUUCGGUGCUGUUGGCCUGAUGUGGUUCUUUAUUUGGCAGAUGUCAAUCCACGCCUCGCCUGCUGAGCAUCCAACGAUAUCAGUAGAAGAGAAAGAAUUCAUUGAGAACGCCAUUGCCGAUACUUCAACCAAAAAGAUCAAGGUGCCAUGGAAGUCCAUCCUCACAUCAGGACCUGUCUGGGCCGUCAUUUUCGCUAACUUCACAGCUGACUGGGGCAUGUACACCAUUCUUAUCUGCCUGCCAAAGUAUUUCAUUGAGGUCCUACACUUUGAUCUUGCAAAGACUGGCUUUCUAGCAGCGCUGCCAUACGUGCUGAAAGCAAUAGUCGGUCCAUCAGGAGGCAUUUUGGUUGAUUGGCUCAUCAAAAACAAGAUGAGUGUCAGAAACACUCGAAGAUGUGUCUUUACUGUUGGGUGUACCGUGGCAUCAAUCUUCGUACUCCUAACAGGAUACGCUAAUCAUCCCUACCUGGCUGUCUUCCUGCUCACCAUCGGUGUUGGUAUUACAGGCAUUAAUGCAGCAGGUUAUGCGGUCAAUAUCCUUGAUAUAGCACCUAAGUAUGCCGGUGUUAUUAUGGGUGUCACGAACGUGUUUGGAGCAGCGCCUGGAUUCAUCAGCCCGCAAAUUGUAGGCAUUAUCACACCAAAUAAGACGGCUUCUGAAUGGCGUGUCGUAUUCUGGAUCACCUUUAUCGUCUACAUCAUUGGUAUUGUACUAUUUGGUCUCUUGGUAUCGGGCGAUAAGCAGCCUUGGGCCACGGAAAAUGACGAGGAAUCUGACAAAGACACAGAGAAGGGUGAAGAGAAGAAGAAAGACGAAGAAGAUGGCAAGAAAGAGGAAGAAGAAGGCGAAAAAGACAAAAAAGAAGAUGAGGAAAAGCCAACUGAAUCAGCAGACGAGAAAAAAGACGACGAAGCAGAACCACCUGCUGAAGAAAAGAAAGACGAAUAGAUAGUUCAUAUUUGGCAAGAUAAAAUAUGCAGUUAUAGUUUUGAGCACUUGUAAAGAUUUUGAAUCUUCCUAUCAAACAAUAGUGAAAAUUUCAAUGGCCACUACUAGGGACUGGGACCGAGUUUCGAGAAAUGACGUCAUCUCAUAACAUAACUUCUCAAGAAGGGAGAGCCUAUAUAAAGCACUCAGUUGAUGUAAUGUGUAGACCCCUCAGUCGUUGCACGUGACGUCAAAGCAGCUCAAUUUGGAGGACAAAACAAAAGAAUUCCAAUCUCCUGAGAAUUGGAAACCUAUUGUUAUGUCAUCCAAAUUGAGCUGCAUUCCGACGUGUUGCAAGGGGUCUAUUCAGAAAAUCUAGUGUAUCCUAUUGAUGUUGUAUUUAUUGUAUUAGGUGUGAUUCAUUGUAUUUGUAUGAAUGCAUUACAUCAACUGCUUGCUACGUAGCCUCUUCCUUAUAAGAUCAAACUGAAAGCACAUCAAAUUAAAUGGCAUUUUGUUUAUUCCAAUAAAAAGAGGUAAACGUGAA